GGAAGCAAUCCAACCGUGUCGACUUCGAGCCUUGCCCUGUUCUCUCUCGCUGUCGCUCUUCUUCUCUUCCGCCAUCGAUCCUCCUCAUCAAUCCUCUCAGUCGUCGGCCUCUCAUCCUCUCCAGAGCAGGAGCAACCACCAAACCAUCCCUUCCUCUCCUUCUGAUCCCUCGAAGCUUGGAAGGAGAAAAAUAGGGUGAUCUUUUUACCCUUGUUCCGUUUGGAAAGAAUAGAAGAUGCCGCAUCGGACGCGGCCGAUGACGUCGCUCCUGGUGUUCAUGGGGUUGAACUUGGUCCUCGUCAACACACUCUCUCCGGUUUACGAUUUUGUUUGCUUCCUUCCCUACUGGGAACGCCGGAGGGAACGACGCCGAAAGGAGCGUGAGGCUGCUUCUGAAAAGUACUGGAAACGAACUUAUGUAAGCUUCGAAGGGUGAACUCCUUUGAAGACGUGGUUUCUGUUGACACCAUCAUAGAUGGCAAUUUAUGUAGUGGAGCAAACACUAGGUUAUUAGCAAGGUCAUUUAGUGACUAUGUUGUUUGGAGAUGCCAUUAGGCUAAAUAUCGUACUUCCAAGAGAAAAAUAUUGUAGUUCCAAUUUACUUUGCGGAUGCUCCCCCCCCCCCCCCCCCCUCCCAAGUGGAACUCUGUGCUUUGUCAAUAAUGCCCUUUGAUUGCUUUUACCUAUUAACAGCCUAUGUUGAUCGAUUCA